GGGUGCCCAGCGGCCGUGAACUCGACACUGGUCCUCGUUUCCUGCAGGUCGGGACCGCUCCCGGGGAGAUGUACCAGAGCUUGGCACUGGCUCCGAGCCCCGGCCAGGCCACCUACGCCGACUCCGGAGCCUUUCUGCACGCUGCGGGCGCAGGAUCCCCGAUGUUCGUGCCGCAGGCGCGCGUACCUUCCAUGCUGUCUUACCUGCCGGCGUGCGAAGCGGGCCCACAGCCCUCAGCGCUCCCUGCGCACCCGGGCUGGGCGCAGGCGGCCGCCGCGGACUCCUCGACCUUUGGUUCUGGUAGCCCGCACCCACCGGCCGCGCAACCGCCGGGGGCCACCGCCUUUCCAUUCGCGCACAGUCCCCCCGGACCUUGCAGCCGCAGCGGCGCUGGGAGCCGGGACGAUGGCGUCUACCAGGGCACACUUCUGGCUCGCGAUCAGUACACCGCCUCGCUUGGGCGGCCAGUGAGCGCCUCAUAUCCCACAACCUACCCGACCUACGUGAGCCCCGACGUGGCCCAGUCUUGGACCGCGGGACCCUUCGAUGGCAGCGUACUGCACGGCCUGCAGAGCCACCCGGCUGGCCUCCCAGGCAGCAGGGCCACUUUCGCGUCCGACUUCUUGGAGGAGUUCCCCGGCGAGGGCAGAGAGUGCGUCAACUGCGGCGCCCUUUCCACUCCGCUGUGGCGCCGAGAUGGCACCGGCCACUACCUGUGUAACGCCUGCGGCCUCUACCACAAGAUGAACGGUGUCAACCGGCCGCUUGUUCGGCCCCAGAAGCGCCUGUCCUCGUCCCGCCGUGCUGGCCUCUGCUGCACCAAUUGCCACACGACCAACACCACACUGUGGCGACGGAACACAGAGGGUGAGCCCGUGUGCAACGCCUGUGGCCUCUACAUGAAGCUUCAUGGGGUGCCUCGGCCACUGGCCAUGAAAAAGGAAAGUAUCCAGACUCGCAAACGGAAGCCGAAGAGCACUGCUAAGACCAGGGGCUGCCCAGGAUCCGCAGUGAAUGCCACAGCCUCCCCGCCUGCUGACCCCAACACGGAGAUCUUGGCUGCCACUUUGAAACCAGAGCCAAGCCUGGUGUCCCCAAUGGGUGCCGAGCCCAACGUCACCUCCCAGGCCCCUGGCCAGGUGGAUGGCACCCUGACCCCCGGCCACUUGGAAUUCAAGUUUGAGCCUGAAGACUUUGCCUUCUCCUCCACGGCCCUGGGCCCCCAGGCCGGCCUCAGUGGUGCCCUCCACCAGGAGGCCUGGUGUGCCCUGGCCUUGGCCUAGGCCCCAGCCAAAGUGUCGUCGGGGGCUUCCUGGACAGCGCCCGCAGACUCACCUGCGCUGGCAGGGAUUGCCAGGCCCAUCCACCAGAGAGGCCUCCUCCUGGAGUCUAGAGGCUUGGGAGUCACUCAACAUGGUGGCACAGACAGCCCAGAGCCAGAGGAAAGCUGAGGAGGGGCUUGAGCCCCUCUGCCCACGCCCCGCUGGGGCCUCUCCGCACCACAGCACGUUUACAGGCGGUAGCCGCUGGAAUGAAUCCUGACCUCCUGCUGGGAAGCCAGGGCCCCAGGUGAAACCCUGAGGCCCCAGGAGCCUGGAGCCUGGCAUGGGGCCUGGCAUGGGCCCUGCAGCCUCCUGUCCUCCACUGCCCACACUUGAUGGAGGGAGCUGCAAACAUAGCACUUUCUCUCCCAAGGGCUCAGGCCCACCGGGAUGGGUGUGCAGGCCGUGCACUGUACCUGCACACCACCCCCCAGGGUGCUGUCCACCCUGCAUCCAUCUCAGGCUUGUGUUUAUUUGGACAGUUUUUCCAGAGGGGGCAGUAAAGGACCUCAUUCUCAAUGUGUC